AUGCCUGUUGUAAAAGUUGAAGCUUAUAGAGCCUUCAUGAAGCAUGUUAAAGCCCUACAAGUCAAUGUGCCAUUUGUAGAAACAAUGCUCAAAACACCCAAGUACUUCAACUUACUAAAAGGUCUCUUUGCUGCUAGGAAAGACUUGGCUGAAGUCGCGGAGAUAAUAUUGAGUGAGCUACCCGAAAAGAAGGGCGAUCCGAGGAGUAUCAUAAUUCCGUGCCAAUUUGGAAACGCAUUUGUCACUCAAGCAUUGACCGACUCAGGUGCAAGCAUCAAUCUGAUGCCUUUCUCUUUCUUUAAGAAGCUGAAUUUACUGGAGCCAAGGCCGGUAAACAUGAAGAUCCAUUUGGCAGACAAAACAACAAUUCAUCCACGAGGCGUUUGUGAGGAUCUUCUUAUUAAAGUCGACAAGUUCAUAUUUCCAGUAGACUUUGUGGUGCUUGACAUGGAAGAAGACCCCAAAAUUCCGAUUAUUUUGGGGAGGGUAGGUGACGAGUCCGCAAUAUUUAGAGCUGUACCAGAAGCCAAGCAAGAAGAAGAAGGGAAAGAAGAGAUCUCAUUUAUCGGUCUAGAUGAUGAGAUACUACAAAAGGAACUUGCACUUUUGCAAGAAUAA